AUGCCGGUGAAGUCCACAACUUUGGAUGGACAGUUUGAAGUCUUAAGAGUGCAUCAAAUAUUUUAUUUGUCAUUCAAUGCGUGUUUAAGGUUAAAGGACGGCGAAAAUCUCUUCAAAAACCAUAUAAAAAAUCUAACUCAAUGGCAUGGUGGUCUACCUCCGAUAUGUCGUCACAGUGGUUCCAUUACUGAGGAUAUAUGUGUCAACAAGACGAAUGAACAUGGAAGGAGGAAAAGACGUGCAAUAGAUGGAAAAACUUUAAAAGUAAAGAGAAACCAAUUGGAUAUAACAAGAGAUUUAGAUAACCGUAAAAAGAGAGAAACAUUUAUCAAUAUCACUGAAGACGAUGCUACUGAAAUCUGCAAAACUGCUAUCUACAGUUCACCUGCUGUUGUGGAAUUCCCAGAUAAAUUAGCCAAUGAAAAUCUUACAGUUGUCAUUGGUCAGUGCGUGUAUGAUGUUGUACAAGAAAAUGAUGCGUCAUGGGCUGGCGCACAUGUUGCAGCGUUAAAUAAUAUUGCUAGAAAUAUACUCGCAUUUAAUCCAGUGUUUACGACAAACCAUUCAGAUGCUGUUGAAACGUUCUUGUCCCAUACAUGUGUAAAUAAUUGCAGUGGACAUGGAGUGUGUUUAAAAGAUGGAUUGUGUAGCUGCACUGGGAUGUACAAAGGCCAUGAUUGCGGUGUUGAUAUUAGAAUUCCGCCUCUAAUAUUUGAUGUUCAAGACGGGGGAUAUUGUGAUGAUACAAACUUGUGUACAUGCCUGGUAUUGAAAUCAGACAACCUUUUUGACGGGUUUAAGUGUCACAUGAAAACAAUUAAGGUGAAUUUCAACGGUUCUUAUGACGUCAUUGGUAACUCUACAGAAGGUGGGCGUUAUGAAGACUUGUACACUGGUCAUUGUUGCACAAUGUCAGCACGACAAAAGCGUUCAGAUACCACUGUCAAUGACAUACAACCGUUCAUAUACGGAUAUGACCUCUCUAUUAGCAAUGACGGAAUACAUUUUGGAAAAGUUAGUUCUGUAUACUUCUAUGACGAUACCUGUGUUUAUACAGAGGAUACAUCUGAAUCGGUACUCAUGAGAAUUAAGGAAGGAUUCUGUUUUGUUAAUGACACGUGCAUUAAACAAGGGUUUAAACAGACAAGUGUCGAUGAUGAAUCGUACUGUGCUGUAUGUAAACCAGAACAAAAUAAAUUUUCCUUAACUUUUGGUAAAUGUAACCAAGAAGAAGAUGGGCAAAUUCCAGUAGCUGCAGUAAUCGGUAUUGUCAUUGGAUCAUUGAUAGUUCUUGUCGUGAUCCUAUUGGUCGUUCGCUACAUUUACUUAAAGUCGUCAAAAAGAAUAAGAAUUAAUACAGAAAUAAAUAACAGGAACAGAACAGAAGAUAUUUCGGGACCCGGUCUUCCAGACAUUACCAUGUUUGAUGCUGCAAAACCACGUUUGAAAACCACUGGAAUUCUUAAACCAAUGGAAGACGCAUUCACAAAAGAUGAGAUGAAAGCUCGACUUUACUUAAAUGAACUGGUGUCUCCAAAUGAAGAUGAUGAAAUUCAACCGCCGCGAUGCGAUGAUAUUAAAUAUGAGCGUGGACUAUCUGCAGUUUCUCUCAAAAUAGUAUAGGCUACUCAAGAACAAGAAAAAAUGUAUAUGCCAUCACUUUUUAUGCAUUUUUGAUAACUAGAGCUACACAAAUUUGGUGCAACAAAGCUAAUAAUUGAUUCACAGACGGACAAGCAAUGAUUCGAAGAUAAAUUUGUCUUUGUUUUCUAUUUCAAUGUUCUAUUACACAAAUAUUAUGUUCUAUUCAUCACAUAUGCAAUAAAAAGAACGGUUUAGUCAAAUUUUCAUUGAUGCGCUUUUUUAGUGUAAUGCUAUUAUUAUGUUUGUAUAUUUAGCUUUAUGUUUGUAAAACGCAAAUGACUUCAUGAUAUUAGUGUAAUAUCGUGUUUAUUAAAUAGCUUUAUCACAUAAUCUGCGGCGCAGAAGUGUAAUGAAUAGAGGAUAAUGAAUGAGUGUAAGUUCAAUGCUGAAUUUAUUGCACGAGUUGAAUAAAAUCAUAUUAUGCGCGCUUGAAACGCUUAUGAUGUCACGUCAAAAUAUAUGCACGGCCGUGCAAUACCAUUUUUACUGAGUCGCAAAAUCGGCACGAGUGUGUGAUAAAACCAUUUAAUGAAAAAGAUAUUAUUAUUGUUUUAAAUUAGUUUAAUUUCUGAAUACUCAUUACACUUUUAUUGAUCAUAUAUCUGUUUUACAUUCAUUUAAUUUCUUUUACUUUUUAGGGUAUAAGAGGGUUCAAUUUUACUAUCAUCAUUAUUAUCAAGCUUGAUUUUAUGCUUCAUGUUGCUGAGUCGUGUUGUGGUUGCGGCUAUUGAACGCCGUCUUUCCUUGUUGAUCUUGUUUAUCAUAUUUUAUGUUUCACUAUUUGCAUCAACUGCACGUUCUUUUAACCUUUAACAAAAAGUGUUUCUACCAUAAAAAUAUUUUUUAUCUGCAAUGAUUAAUUUUACUGAAUUCAUAGUUAACAUGUGUUACAACUGUUAUAUAUUAGCAAUAUAACAAGAGUGAAUGGUAUAAUCUUGUAUAUAAUCAUUCUUUUUGGAACUACGAUUGUAACUAUAUACGUUACAGAAAUAGCCAUACCUGUAGAAAAGUACUCCUGAAUAUAUAAGCAGUCAUAGAAAAUGUCAACUCUUGUAUUUCUAUUAAACGGACAAUUGAACUGUUGCAGAAUAUUAAUUAUAUAUACCCUUAAUGCAUUUAGAUAUAAGAUCAGAUACAUAUUUUGCUGCCCAAGUGAUUUCAUCUUCAAUAAAUAUUAAUGAAACAACGAUAGCAUAAAAGGCCAACAACUGUACAUCAAUAGUUGUAUUCUGUCAAUGUUUAAUUUUCAACGUUUUGCAAAUCUAGGGCAUCUAACUGCUGAAUUUUAAUUUUUACAUUUUUUUUUUGUAUUCUCAAUUUUCUUACACAAAUAUUUUCUUAUAAUAUUACUGAUAUCUUGUUAGAAUUAUCACGUGUUUGAAAAACAUAUUUGUUUACUAGAAUGUGGUUUGUAGUGAAUUCCGCAAUAAAAUAUGUUCUUUUUGGCA